CGGGGUAACUAACUGGCCCAUUCUCGAUCCAUUAUUCAUUUGGGCCUCAGAUCCAAUUUCUCUCUGUAUCGAUGUUAUCGAGCAAGAAGAAAGAAGAAAGGGAGGCAACAAACCAUCUUCAAUUCUUCAUCACUCGGUCUUGUCUUUGUAUGAGUGCUCGCCUUCGGGAUUCUCGCUUUUUCCUCUCGAAAUUCGGAUUACAGGAUUUCCAGAGCCAACCAUGACUGCUCUUGCAACUUCUUCCUCCUUACUAGCAAUAACAAAUCCAUCCGCCCACUUUUUAUCCUCUGGUUCCCCUUUGAAGUCGAAGAAGCAGUUCCUUGUGAGCAUUAGCCCCUCUACUCUGUCUGGUGAAGCAACACGAGCUACGUGUAGAAGGCCACUCAGAGUUCGAGCCAGUGGGGAUGGUGGAAGGACAAGUAGUGCUGGUAUAUUUGUCGGAGGCUUCGUUUUGGGAGGAAUAGUUGUUGGAACAUUGGGUUGUGUCUAUGCUCCCCAGAUAAGCAAAGCCCUAGCUGGAACUGACAGAAAAGAUUUGAUGAGGAAGCUUCCAAAAUUCAUAUACGAUGAAGAGAAAGCUCUAGAGAAAACUCGCAAGAUACUGACAGACAAGAUUGCACAGUUGAAUUCUGCUAUAGAUGAGGUUUCUGCUCAGCUGCAUGCAGAUGAUGCCCCGAAUACAGCUUCUGUGAAUCCAGAUGUGAUUGAAGAUUCUUCUAUAUGAGAUGAGACAGUGUUUGUGGAAUUGUAAUGCACCCGUGAUGAAUGGGAUAGAUGGGAUCAAAACCGAAGAUUUGGAAAGUUUCAUAGUUUCAUUAAUGAAUACAGGUUAUGUUUAGCUUUGAGUAACCGUAUGAUUUCAUUACUGUAGUCAUACACUUGUACGUAAAACCUCUACAAUUUGACAUUGUAAUAUGACUGAAUCAUCUCUGUUUUGGCGACUAUGGGCUUGCAAAAUUUGGGCAGUAAACCCAAAUAAUGGUUAUGUUGGGCUUGCGUGCA